GUGUGUCGCAGCACCAUGACCAAAAGGAAAGGAAACACAGGGACGAAGGUGACACUCAAGGAUGCCAAGAAGGCCAUACGGAUGAAACCCGACGGGUGGCGCCGGCUCACACUGAGCAACAUGGGCAUAACCAUCUUCCCGCAGUGUAUCCUCAAACUGACUAACAUGGAUGAGUUGGAUCUCAGCCGCAACCAGAUACAAAAAAUCCCAGAGGGCAUUGGGAAGUUGUCAUCGCUCAGGUGGCUGGAUCUGCACAGUAACAAGCUAGAGUCCGUGCCCGAGUCCAUCGGUAAACUGGUGGGCCUGACCUACCUCAACCUCUGUAACAAUCGUCUCACCUCGUCAGGUUUGCCGGCUACGCUGGCUUCCCUUACCAACCUGACGAGUCUAAAUCUGGGGUUGAACAAGCUGGAUGCCCUGCUUCCCACUAUGGUCCCUCUGGAGAGCCUCCAAGAGUUAGGCCUGUUUGAUAACCUCUUCACCCGCCUGCCAGACUUUGUGAAAGCCCUACGCAAUCUGACUAAAGUGAACAUAAAACGAAACCCCUUGUUGAAAGUUAAGGAGGCCGGCGAGGAGAUGGAAACUGAAAAGUCAGACGAGGAGGAUGGUGUGUACCUCGUCCAUGAGAGUAGACUGUGUAGUACAUGCCUUAAAAUAUGUAAAGACCCAGGAGGAAGGCAUUUGAGAGGAGAUUGUAUGAGGGACAUGUUUGAGGACAAAAGGUGUUAUUCGGGACUGGUAACACCGAACUCAGUGGCUGCGGUCAAUCAGGAUUUGUGGAGAGUUAAGAAACUAGAACACUAUCAGUCGUUCGAAAGCAAUAUUUGAUAUGUUUUGAUGCAUAUCACACUUCAACUCAUUAUACAACAACAAUGAAAACAUUUGCUCCUUCAGUAAACUGCUGUUUGUUGACUUGACUACCUGGCAUUAGCGAUGACAUCCGCAACACCUCUGCCUUUUAAUGAUGACACCACCUUGCACAACCUACAAGACAGAUUUCAGGUCACG